CAAUAGUUGUAGAAAUGUCUUACAACAGUUGUACAACAUACCUUUGAUUUGUUGUGCGGUAAUUUGUUGUGCAACGUUGUGUUUCCAUUAUAAUGAAUUGCCGCUAAUUUUUUAAAUAAUAACAAAAAAAAAUGGCCGCCACUAGAAAUUAUGCUACUCAAAACUAUCGACUUUUUGUUAUACUUUUAAUUUUAAAACGCCGAAAAAGGAUAAAAAAAAGAAAACAUCAGUUUUGGAUGAGAGAACUAUUUAAAAAACGUGUUCAGCAAGGUGCAUUUAGUUCUUUGGUGAAAGAAAUGAAGCUAUUUGAUAGAGAAUUUUUUUAUCGAUAUUUAAGAAUGUCUCCUGACAGACUUGAACAUCUUUUGUCAUUAAUUGGAUCUUCAUUAACGAAAAAGUAUUGUCCCAGUAGAGAUUCUAUAUGUUCGUCGCAAAGAUUAAUUAUAACAAUUCGAUACCUUGCUACAGGAGAAUCACAACAAACUCAGUCAUUUUAUUUUCGAGUUGGCAGAGCUACAGUUUGCCAUAUAAUUGAAGAAACUUGUUGUGCAAUAUGGAAAGUUCUCAAGAAAGUCUUUCUACGAGCCCCAAAUGACGUAAAAGAAUGGCAAAAUAUUAUUAAAGAGUUUGAUCAAUAUUGGAACUUUCCACAAUGUAUAGGAGCUAUAGAUGGAAAGCAUGUACGCAUUGAAGCACCUGCAAAAUCUGGAUCAUCUUUUUAUAACUACAAGGGGUUUUACAGUAUGGUUUUAUUAGCAAUUUGUGAUGCUAAAUAUUGUUUCACAAUGGUUGACAUUGGGGCUUAUGGAAGGGAUGAUGAUGCUGCAGUUUUAAAUGCGAGCACGUUUGGGAGAGCAUUUAAUAAGGGUUAUUUUAAUUUACCAAAAAUUUCUGAAUUUGAUCCUAAAGUUCCACCAGUCCUUGUUGGAGAUGACGUAUUUGCACUUAAACCAUGGUUAAUGAAACCGUACCCAGGUAAAAAUCUUACUGUUCAGCAAAGAGUUUUUAAUUAUCGCUUAUCUAGAGCACGUAGAACAAUCAAAAAUAGUUUUGGAAUUUUAGCAGCUAGAUGGAGAAUAUACAGAUCUCCAAUUAAAGCAAAGCCAUUGAAAGUGGAACAUAUAAUAAAGGCUACUGUUUGUCUUCACAACUAUUUGGGUUUAACAGAUGGAGCGCAUUAUAUUCCUACUGGUUUUGUUGAUAGUGAAAGUCAUUCAGGAAUUGUUAUUCAAGGAGAUUGGAGAAAAGAAUUACAAGAUCAAGGGUGUUUGCUUGAUUUCUCAAAAUCAAUAAGUAAUAGAUCUGUUUUUGAUGUAAUUGCAAUAAGAAAUACUUAUAAAGAUUAUUUUAAUUCAUGUGAAGGAAGCCUUUCGUGGCAAAUGGACUAUGUUCAAUCGUGUGGCCACAAUCCAGUUAAUAACUAGAAUGUAUGUAAUAAACAAAACUUCCUAAUAAAAGAAAAUAUGUUAUAUUUAACAAACCAAUAA